AGGAGUGUGUGUCGAGAAGUGUGCUGAUCGGCUCGGAUCUUCGGAAAAGUCGACAUCCUCGGUCGGCGUGAUCGCUCACCGCUAGCUUGCGCGACGAUACAACUUGUUGUUUGGAGACUCUGACGAAGACGUACGACCGUAUUGUGCGUGCUCUGGAAGCAAGGAUUAGAAGGGAUACAGGAAUCCAGGCGCAUAGAAAGAGUAAAACAAGAGGAGGCAGACGGCACUCCAAGGACGAGGUGAAGUCGCUUCGCCUCCAAAAUCAGGAUUCUGGUUCCGCCAGGGACCAAGUGAGGUCGAAGUAAAAGUGAGAGGAACACACGAAGGCAAUCACUCCGUUUGCAUCGUGACCGCCGGCGCGGAUCAGCCGACCGGCCAGAAUGGCGGGCACCGGUCUUGCCUUGACAGGCGUGAUGUGGGGCACCGACAAGGUACCUGACCAUUGGUUCGAAAACAUUCCGAUUCUGGGUCCCAAACUCUUCAAAGAGGAGAAGAAGUACAAGGCCAAAAUUGAAGACCAUUACCGCGGGGACGAGUCCGAGAUGAAGAGCGAGAAGAGCCGAAGUACCAGCCGACGCUAUUCCAACGACGACUAUGAAGACGAUCGAUCGACGACCAAAGGUGACGGCGACAAAGGUUACCAGUCCGAUGACGGUCAUCGCCGACGAAAUGGUCACACGAGAUUCGACGGUGGAAGACAUGGUACGGAGGAUCUAGGCAGUCAUGCGGGAAGUCGGCGGAGUCGCGACGGUGGUGCGCGACGCAGCGGGUCCGGUGAGAGGUAUGGCUACGGUGACGACUUGGGGCGGAGAAGCUCACGCAUGCACAACGAGCCUUUGGCGCAACAAUCGCCUGUGCCGCGGUAUGGAGGACCACUGGACCGGCCACCGAUGGGAGCAAAUGUGAAUGGUGCCAAUGCAGUGGGUAGUCCGCCGCCAAUGGGCAGCCCGCCGCAGAUGUAUUCGCCGAGCUUCAACUCUUCGGGCUUCCAGGGAAGUGAUCCGAGAGGCCCGCCACCGACUGUGCAGUCGACUUCAACUCUGCGGGGAGGAAUCUCGACGGGAUAUGUGCCGUAUGCGCAUCUGUAUGGUGGGCCGACGCACUCUCAGGCCCAGCCACAGAAUGGGAACUAUGGUCAACAACCAUCAUCGCCAUCCUCUCCACCUGCGCACCCCCAGCCGCAGAACGGCAACGCAUAUCCGCCACAAGGGUUUCCACCAUCUUCUCAGCACAACUCUCCUAGGCCAGACUCUCGUCACCGCAACAGUCCUCCUCCCUGCGCCCGCACUGUCGCUCCACGUCCAUACCACCAGAAUCCGUUCGCCCAGGAAGCGCCACCUGGAAACCAACCCGGCUACCUCAUCGAUCCGAACCACGAGCCGCAACGCACCAGUCGUGACCGUGACUACGAUCGUCAAGAUACCGCUGCCUCCUCGCGUCAGAGCUCACCGCCACGCCGCCACGAUUCCCGUCGCGAGCGCCGCUCGAAGUCUCAUUCCCGCCCUCGAUCUCGAUCGCAUUCCCGAGACCGUGACCGCGACCGUCGACGCAAGUCCGAGAAAGAGAAACAAAAACCACAGCGACAGAAGUCCCUCCGUGACCGCAUGACAGCUUUUUCGCAGUCCGCAAUGGACAAAGUCUCCGAGUUCUCGAGCGAGUUCUCCGGUGGUGGUGACAAGAAGGAGCAGUCGAUGAGGAGAAGAUCCAGGGAUGCUGAGAGGGAUCGAGAAUGGUCGAGGCGGGUGAAUGGCCGUGAUGGCAGGGAGAGGAAGGAGAGGAGAGCGAGUCAGCCGGCGAGGAGUCGGGUGAGUUAUGAUUCGGAUUAGACGGUGAUUUACUGUGGCGGAUUGAGGUUGGGAUGGAUGAAGUU